AUCUAGAUAUGAAGUAGGUCACUCAAGGCUGCCUUGUUACAUUCACCAUUCAGAAGCUGAACUUUCACUUCUGUUGGAUCUUGCUGAUGGAACAGAAAGAAUAUUUGAAGUCCUGAUAGUUGGAGAUCUUUCAGGUACUUCCUGUGUCAAAAAUGAAUUUGCUAAAAUUUGUUGUCUGUCUAAUUAAUUUAUGUCUCUCACUUGUAUUUAUCUAGGCAUAUAAUUAAGCUCUGAAUUUACGCAAGGUUUGCUCGCCAUGGAGACUAUCACAGUUGGACAGCUUCUCUUUCUUCUAAUUAUUUGCAGUACACACGUUGUCCUUGGCUCCUUUAAUGGCAAUGAGACAGAUCGGCUAUCAUUGGUUGAAUUCAAGAAGGCAAUCACUCGUGAUCCACAGCAAGUCAUGUUGUCCUGGAAUGACAGCACUCACUUCUGCAGUUGGGAAGGGGUCUUGUGCCGUGUGAAGAAUCCACAUCGUGUCACUUCCCUUAACCUCAGUGGUCGUGGCUUAGUAGGGAACAUUUCUCCAUCAAUAGGAAAUUUAACAUUCUUAAGAUAUCUAUUACUUCCAGAUAAUGGGUUCAUGGGACAAAUUCCUCCACCUCUAGGUCAUUUGCGUCGCAUCCAGCAUAUAUACUUGAGUAAUAACACACUCCAAGGGGAGAUACCUGAUUUCACAAACUGUUCAAGUCUCAAGGGGAUAUGGCUGGCUGGCAAUCGCCUCGUGGGACAAAUGCCUACAUAUGCUAAUUUGCCUCCUCUCCUUGAGAAGUUGGAGAUUUCCCGUAAUAAUCUUACUGGAAUAAUUCCACCUUCCAUUUCUAAUAUUACGGCAUUAAUUGGACUCAAUAUCGGGAGUAAUAAUAUUGAUGGAGAAAUCCCAAGUGAAAUUGGGAAGUUUCCAAUGCUACAAGUCUUUCUCUCUUCAGGGAAUAAGCUGUCAGGAAGGUUUCAACCAGCCAUCCUUAAUUUAUCUUCUCUUGUAAGACUCUAUCUUGCCUCCAAUUAUCUUAAUGGAGAGUUGCCGUCCAAUCUUGGUACUUCAUUACCCAAUCUACAAACGUUCGGUUUAUAUAACAACCUCUUUAAAGGGCAUUUCCCAAUUUCAUUGGUAAAUGCGUCUAAGCUAUUCUUGCUCGACAUGUCAAAGAAUAAUUUCACUGGGGUGGUCCCUAGUUCUAUUGGCAAACUGAAGGAACUGUCCUUGUUAAAUCUUGAAUACAAUCAAUUCCUUGCACAUGACAAGCGAGACUGGGAUUUCAUGUAUAGCCUAUUCAAUUGCACAAAGUUACAAAUAUUGUCAUUACAGACGAAUCAGCUUGAAGGAAAGAUACCAAUUUCUUUUGGCAACCUUUCUGUGUGGCUUCAGUACUUGCUUCUUGGAAGCAACAAAAUAUCGGGGGAUUUUCCUACUGGUAUAGAAAACCUUCGCAACCUGAUAGCUCUUGGAUUGGAGGGAAAUCAGUUUACAGGUCCCAUUCCAGAAAGGCUAGGAACCCUAAACAAAUUGCAGAGAUUAUCUUUAUUCAACAAUAUCUUUACAGGCAGUAUUCCGCCCUCCCUCUCAAACUUAUCUCGACUGGAAGAGCUCUUUCUAAACUCCAACAAGUUGGAUGGAAAGAUCCCCCCAAGCCUGGGAAACCUCAAAGUCCUCGAAUUACUUGAAAUUUCCACCAACAAUCUUCACGGUAGCAUACCAAAGGAGAUUUUCGGCAUUCCUACAACAGUACAGAUCGGGUUAUCUUCCAAUAGCCUAAGCGGACCACUUCCUCUUGAAAUAGGCAAUGCCAUGCAACUACAAUAUCUGUAUCUUUCAACAAAUAACCUGUCCAGCACUAUCCCUGACGCAUUAGGCAACUGUGAAAGUUUGGAAGACAUUGAGUUGGGUCAGAAUUUUUUUGCUGGCAGCAUUCCAGCAUCAUUAGGUAACAUACGCAACUUGCAAGUACUCAAUAUGUCUCGCAAUCAAUUAUCAGGAUCUAUACCAAAGUCUUUCGGUGAUCUACAAUUUCUUGAGCAACUAGAUUUGUCAUUCAACCAUCUUGAGGGUGAAGUCCCAAAAAAUGGUAUAUUUAGGAACGCAACUGCUAUACUCAUCGAUGGAAAUAAGUGGUUUUGUGGUGGGCCAGAAGUGCUACACCUACCAGCAUGUUCUAUUACACAUACAAGUUUUGCAACUAAGAAAAAAGGUUUGAUAGUGCUAAAAGUAAUGAUCCCAUUAGCCAGCAUUGUGUCACUUGUUGCAGUCAUUGCAGUUCUCUCGCUAUUGUACAAGAAAAGACAAAAGAGAAAAUUUAUGACCAUCCCUUCUUUUGGGAGGAGUUUUCCCAAGGUUUCCUAUAAUGUUCUUGCCAGAGCAACUGAUGGGUUCUCAGCAUCAAAUUUAAUUGGCAGUGGAAAAUAUAGUUCUGUAUACAAAGGUGAGUGUUUUCAAGAUGGAAAUGUGGUUGCUAUCAAAGUUUUCAGCCUACACACAAGAGGGGCACAAAAGAGCUUCGUAGCAGAAUGCAAUGCUUUGAGAAAUUUAAGGCACCGCAAUCUAGUUCCUAUCCUUACUGCAUGCUCAAGUAUUGAUUCAGAAGGAAAUGAUUUCAAAGCUCUAAUAUACGAAUUCAUGCCUAGAGGGGACUUACACAAAGUGCUAUAUUCAAAUGGAGGUGAUGAAAACUCUUCAAAUUUAAACCACAUUACGCUAGGUGAAAGGUUAAGCAUUGUUGUGGAUGUAGCAGAUGCAUUGGAGUAUCUCCACCAUAGUAACCAGGGGAGUAUGGUUCAUUGCGAUUUGAAGCCAAGCAACAUUCUUCUGGAUGAGAACAAGACGGCUCAUGUUGGAGACUUUGGACUUGCAAGGUUCAAAGUUGACCCAACAGCAUUAUCUCUUGGUAAUUCAAACUCAACCUCUUCAAUUGCAAUAAAAGGAACCGUUGGAUAUGUUGCACCUGAAUAUGCAGGGGGUGGCGAAGUCUCGACUGCAGCAGAUGUUUACAGCUUCGGAGUUGUUCUCCUCGAAAUAUUCAUUCGAAAGAGGCCAACGGAUGACAUGUUCAAGGACGGACUGAGUAUUGUAAGUUUUACAGAGAUGAACUUCCCUGACAGGGUAUUGGAGAUUGUUGAUCCUCAGCUGCUACAAGAAUUGAUCCUUGGUCAAGAAACUCAAAAAGCCAUAGAUGAAAAAGAUGUUCAGUGUCUGACUUCUAUGCUAAACAUUGGGCUGUGUUGCACAAAGACAUCCCCGAGUGAACGCAACAGCAUGCAAGAGGUGGCUGCAAAGCUGCAUGGUAUCAAGGAUGCGUAUCUCAGGGUAAACUGAAGAAACGUAUGGUUCAGCAAUUUUAAUUUAGUAAACUCUGAAUAAGAUGCUGAAGAACUAUCAAUACAAUUCACACAGAAUGUGUGUACUGUCAAAUAAUUAUCCAAACUCCUUAGGAUAUAUGCGAGUGGUUGUUUAAACUUUCAAGCUUUGUAAGAUA